AUGAUCGUUUCCAACUCACUCAAGACAAGUAUUUGUCUUGCCAUUAUUCUUGUACAUUAUAUCAGAAUUGUAAAGGGUGCUAAUCCUGAUUGUGCUCUUAUUGUUCCUCCAAAUCCACUCACUCCUCAAGGAUUGGCAACUCCUUAUAUUUUGAGAGCUGUCAAUCCUGCCAAUGGCCCUUGUGUCAUGACUGCUGCUGAUCAACAAUCAUUUGUUGAGGGUGUUAUUUUCGUUCCAGAGACAAGAUCCUUCAUGAUUUAUAAUCCUUUGGUAAUUACUCAAAAUACUCAACCAGCAAUCAAACCAACUGUUCCUGUCUUUCCAAAAACAGCAAUUGUUGGAUUGUGGUUUGGUACAAAUGCUGGUUCUCUUACUUUAAUUGAUUCCAGUAAUUCACUUGCUCAAGGUAAUUGUGUCAAUGGUAUUGAUGGAGCAAAUGAUAUUUUUGGUCAAUUCGCCUCAUGCAAUGGAAAGCAAUUUUUUGAAGCUGUUCAAACAUCAAUCAGUCAAAUUAUUAAGGAAAAAGCAACCAAUGAUCCUGGUUCCUUCUUUAAUCCACCAGUUCCAGCACUUGGCACUGCACUUGAUGGAAAAUCAUGUAUGACUGUCAGAGAUUUUGGUAUUGUUGACAUGGAUCAAUCAGAUAACGUUGUUACAUCCUAUAUCAUUAGUACAAACAAGACAUUGGCAGGUAGAACUUGUCAAAAUACUGCAGCUAAUUUGAAAGCCCUUGGAGGAACUGCUCAAACUCAAACUUUGGUAAAUGGUUCUGAUAAUAGAUUGUUAGCUGUUGCAAUGGCACGUGCUCUAAAUUGCACUCCAUACAUGGCCCCUGAUUUGGCCAAUAAUGGUCAAUUGACUCAGUCAUUGGCAUUGGAUGAGAUUCAUGCUAAAUUGAAACAAAAAGCACCGAUUGCUCUUCUUCCAAAAGGAAAUCCAAUGGUAAGAAGCAAUGAUCAAGCAAACCUUGAAAAACUCAACUUGUACAGAGCUGCUGUUUUUCAACCACAAGUUUCCAGUGUUGCAUUUGCUUCCACUCGUCUCUAUUGUAAACAUUACGCAGUUGUGGCACCUGCCAGAAUAUUCCUCGACAAGUCUAUCACUCUGAAAUAUGCAAGUCCUGACACUGGAGUAGCCAAUAAUUUAUUCACAUUCCUAGCUCAGAGAUUUGUGAACAGUUGGGAAGGAUUGAAAUGUGGUUGCAUUCUCGAUAUGCCUUGUCCAAUUUCUAUUGUUGUGGAUAAGAAUGGAGUAACUACAGAUGCUAGUUUAUCCACAAUGAUGGCCAGAUCUGUAAAUGUUGAUUCUUUAAUGGAUCAAAUGGUUUUGGAAUUUGAUGGCUACAUGGAUGAAAACAAUACAUUAGAUGUAAGAGCUCUUGUUAGCAAUGACCACCACGUUGCGAUUCAAAAGGUAGAAAGUAUAAAAUUUGCUACACCAAUGACAGAAAGCGAUUUUGGCAACAAGUUUGAUGGAGGUAAUGAACCAUCGAGCGCCUCCAAGUAUUGA